CCGGCGGGGGUGGGCGGGCGCGCCGGGCGGCAGGUGUCGGCGGCGUCGGCAUUCGGCGGCGAUGGAGCGGCCCCGGAAAGCUGCGGACGGCCUCUCGCGCUGGCCCCACGGCCUCGGCCUCUUCCUCCUCCUCCAGCUGCUGCCGCGGGCAACGCUCGGCCAGGACCGGCUGGACGCGCCGCCACCGCCCGCUGCGCCGCUGUCGCGCUGGUCCGGCCCCGUCGGGGUGAGCUGGGGGCUGCGCGCGGCCGCGCCCGGGGGCCAGUUUCCCCGCGGCGGCCGUUGGCGGCGCAGCGCGCUCGACGAGGACGACGACUGCGGCCGGGUCCGGGACUUCGUCGCCAGGCUGGCCAACAACACGCACCAGCAUGUGUUCGAUGAUCUCAGUGGCUCAGUAUCUUUGUCUUGGGUUGGAGAUAGCACUGGGAUCAUUCUAGUGUUGACUACCUUCCAUAUACCACUGGCUUUUGGACAGUCCAAGCUAUAUCGAAGUGAGGACUAUGGAAAGAACUUUAAGGAUAUUACAAAUCUCAUCAAUAACACCUUCAUUCGGACUGAAUUUGGCAUGGCCAUUGGUCCUGAGAACUCUGGAAAGGUGAUUUUAACAGCAGAGGUGUCUGGAGGAAGCCAUGGAGGAAGAAUCUUCAGAUCCUCAGAUUUUGCAAAGAACUUUGUUCAGACCAAUCUCCCUUUCCACCCCCUCACUCAGAUGAUGUACAGCCCUCAGAACUCGGAUCAUCUUCUCGCCCUCAGCACUGACAAUGGCCUGUGGGUGUCCAAGAAUUUUGGGGGAAAAUGGGAAGAAAUCCACAAAGCAGUGUGUUUGGCCAAAUGGGGAUCAGAGAACACCAUCUUCUUUACCACCCAUGUGAACGGCUCCUGCAAAGCUGACCUUGGGGCCCUGGAAUUAUGGAGAACUUCAGACUUUGGGAAAAGCUUCAAAACCAUUGGUGUGAAAAUCUACUCGUUUGGCCUUGGGGGACGUUUCCUUUUUGCCUCUGUGAUGGCUGAUAAGGAUACAACAAGAAGGAUUCAUGUGUCAACAGAUCAAGGGGACACAUGGAGCAUGGCCCAGCUCCCCUCUGUGGGGCAGGAACAAUUCUAUUCUAUUCUAGCAGCCAAUGAUGACAUGGUGUUCAUGCAUGUAGAUGAGCCUGGAGAUACCGGAUUUGGCACAGUCUUUACCUCAGACGAUCGAGGCAUUGUAUAUUCCAAGUCCUUGGACCGACAUCUCUACACCACCACGGGUGGUGAGACGGACUUUACCAAUGUGACCUCCCUCCGCGGGGUCUAUAUAACAAGUGUGCUCUCUGAAGAUAAUUCUGUCCAGACUAUGAUCACUUUUGACCAAGGAGGAAGGUGGAAGCACCUGAGGAAGCCUGAAAACAGUGAAUGCGAUGCUACAGCCAAAAACAAGAAGGAGUGCAGCCUUCAUAUUCACGCUUCCUACAGCAUCUCCCAGAAACUAAAUGUUCCAAUGGCCCCCCUCUCAGAGCCUAAUGCCAUCGGCAUAGUCAUCGCCCACGGGAGCGUGGGGGAUGCCAUCUCAGUGAUGAUCCCAGAUGUGUACAUCUCAGAUGAUGGGGGUUACUCCUGGGCGAGGAUGCUGGAAGGACCCCACUAUUACACCAUCCUGGAUUCCGGAGGCAUCAUCGUGGCCAUUGAGCACAGCAGCCAUCCUAUCAAUGUGAUUAAGUUUUCCACAGAUGAAGGUCAGUGCUGGCAAACCUACAUGUUCACCAGGGAGCCCAUCUACUUUACUGGCCUAGCUUCAGAGCCUGGCGCCAGGUCCAUGAACAUCAGCAUUUGGGGUUUCACGGAAUCUUUCCUGACUCGCCAGUGGGUCUCCUACACCAUUGAUUUUAAAGAUAUCCUUGAAAGGAGCUGUGAAGAGAAGGACUAUACCAUAUGGCUGGCUCACUCCACAGACCCUGGAGAUUAUGGAAAUGGCUGCAUUCUAGGCUAUAAAGAACAGUAUCUCCGGCUGCGCAAGUCAUCCGUCUGUCAGAACGGUCGGGACUACGUAGUGACCAAGCAGCCCUCCGUCUGUGCCUGCUCCCUGGAGGACUUCCUCUGUGAUUUUGGCUACUUCCGUCCAGAAAAUGACUCCAACUGUGUGGAACAGCCAGAACUGAAGGGCCACGACCUGGAGUUUUGUCUGUAUGGAAGAAAAGAGCACCUGACAACCAACGGGUACCGGAAAAUUCCAGGAGAUAAAUGCCAAGGUGGAGUGAAUCCAGUUCGAGAAGUAAAAGACUUGAAAAAGAAAUGCACAAGCAACUUUUUGAGUCCAGAAAAGCAGAAUUCCAAGUCAAAUUCUGUUCCAAUUAUCCUGGCCACUGUGGGAUUGAUGCUGGUCACAGUCGUAGCAGGAGUGCUCAUUGUGAAGAAAUACGUCUGUGGGGGAAGGUUCCUGGUGCAUCGAUACUCAGUGCUACAGCAGCACGCAGAGGCCAACGGUGUGGAUGGAGUGGAUGCUUUGGAUACAGCCCCCCACACUAAUAAAAGUGGUUAUCAUGAUGACUCAGAUGAGGACCUCCUGGAGUAGCUCCUCUGCGGAGCUGGGACUGAGCAUGGAUGACGGAACCGCAGUACCUCCUACACUCCCUGUGGCUCCAACUUGGGGAAAUAAAUUUCCCAUUGCGAGGGACCCAUCUCUGUUUCUGCUGCUUCCAUCAAAGCCAAAAGGACCUAUACUAAAGAAGCACAGGGGGCAGGGAGCCCUAAACACUCUAACAGUUGGCUCUGAGAAGAGGGGAAAAAUUUAAAUUCUUUAACUUUUUAUUUCAAGUGCAGUUCUUUUGCAAAGUAUGGGCUCUUUUGGUUUUGUUUUUUAAGGGAAAUGAAAUGGAAAUUGAAGGGAACAUUUCACUAACCCCACUCUUGCAUGUUUUGCAUGGCGCCUGCCCCAGGGCACCUGCCGACUCCAGCAUCAACUCUCACAACAUACUUGGUGCUGUCCCUGGCCUCUGCUGGUGACACGGAGCAGCUGCAGAGAUGAAUACAGAGGCUGCGAUGACUGGCACAGCCUGGGCAGCCUUCCUUCUGGGGACAGCCCUGCUCCAAGGACAUUGCACACCAGCUCCUCACAGAUCCUCACUUUUUGUUUUUUUUCCUAGGGACUAUAGACCACAGUGAUUUUUCUUGUCCCCUGUUUAAUUAGGCAAUACCCUUGUUAAUUGCCCUUUGGCAACUAACUUCAUCAUGUGCUUCCAAGACACUAAAUCAGGAAAACUUAAAGAGCAAUAUUUUUAACUUGGGGCAGGAAGAAGGGAGCAGCAGAGAAUUGACUAGAUUUACCACCUAUUAAAGGAGAAAUUCUUGCCUCUUGCAAGAUCUUUCAAGCCAUGCUUUGUGUGUGUGCCAGUGGACUUGCUUGAGGACCGGGUUCAGGCCUGCCCUGGAUGUCUGCCCAGGUCGAGUGACCUCUUCUCUCUAGCUGGUGGUGGUGGGCACGAUGCAGCCCCUGAGGACUGAACAUCCCAGGCUUCCAUGUCUCCUCCUACUUGUUGGGUUGACUUGUUGGUGAAUCAUUAGAAGCGCUGCUCGUUUGCAUCCUCUUAGGUUACUGUUGUAUGUGGAGCCAGGACUAGACAUGUUUUCAAAUUUAUAGGCUUUUCUAAAAAAAAAAAAAAUCAGGAUUUUAUUACCAGGCUCUCCCUUUUACCACUUUUUCCCAGUUUUACUAAGUAAUUUGUUGGCAUGAAACUUUUGGCCGAACCAUCUGAAGACACACUUCCAGUAUAGAUGAUUUGUUUACAUUUGAUACAUUAAGUUCAUAGUUUAAGGAAGUUUUCCAUUUGACAUUUUUUCGAAUUAAAUAAAGUAUAGAAUGUAGUGAGGUGGAUUUUUGGGUGGCCAUAUAGUAAUGGAAAGCUGCAGUGAUUAGUUUUAACACAGCUUGAAUAUGCACUAGACGGGAAUACUGUAGAGUAUGUUUGAGUCUUAGCCCGCCUGCUGUGCUGGUCACAGUUCUCCCAACGAUUGUGAUUGGGACGUCCUUUGGUGACUGCCAUUUUGCUGCUAGUUCAUUUUAUGGCUAGAAAGUCAGUGGAAAGUAAAUGUGCCAAAUUAACUUUUGUCAGAAUGUGUGAGCAGAUGGCUGCGUUCCCUCCUCCCCCAAGAGGAUGAGCAGCAGAGGGGACGGCGGGGAGGAACAGGAGAAUUUUAGAGACUUUGAAACUGCCGUAAAAUUAGAUGAGUCAGGAACUUCCGUUAGAAAAUAACGUUAGGGUGGUUUUUGUGAAGAGAAUUAAUGUUUGUUAGAGCCAGAGAACACUAGUCUUUUAGGAAAAGCUCAUUCAUGAUUUUUAAAUUAAAAAACAUUCUAAAGGUAAACCACCUCAGAAAUGAUAAAGUGUCAGCCUUUGUCCCAGACACCCUCCCCUCCUGCCCAUUGUUAGUUUGAUGCCCAGAAAAGACCUGCUUACGCCCCACACCUGAUUGUC